CUUUCCCGGAGCGCGUGGACACGGCGUCGUUUGCGGAGAACCCCAAUCUCCGAAGAACACGGCGUGAGGAAGAUUAAUCUGCCAUUUCCUGUAACUAACAUGGAAGUGACUGAGGAGGAUAUGAAAGGCACGGAGAAAAGCUCUAUAAAUAUUAAGGAGGAGGACUGUGACUGGGAACAUGUGCACCCUAAACCAGAGAGUCUCUGCAUUAAGAAUGAGGAUUAUGAACAGGGGACAGUGGGCAUUAAGGAAGAGCUUGAGGAGAAGCCUGUCAUCGGUGACUUACACGACUAUAAAAUAAUAGUCAAGGAGGAAGACUUUAAGUCAGAGUCCAUCUGCCAGUUUGGGUGUCAGUAUGGAGGUGUAAGUGGAUUGGUCUGCCCUCACAGCAGAACCUUCCCUGUUGAGGAACAUUCUGUUAACAUGAAGUCUGAGGUUUAUUCAGACACGGAGACCAGUGAGGAAGCCUCCAGGAGCAUACCAGCAGGUCAGCCAUCAUCUAUGAGUCAGUCUGGUGAAGAGACGCUGGAGGGUCUCGGCUUUUCCCCAUCUUUAGCUGCUGCUGAGACCUCACUUCAGGUCAGACCACAACAGACACCGCAUGAUGAAAAUAUGAGGGUGUUGACGUCUGGGUCAGAGGUUUUGACGAGAUCCUCUUUGCAGUUCAAUUCUGUGCCAGCUGUGCCUAUGCUUGUGUUUUUCACCAUUAACAAUCCACAACCGGUGAACAGUACUCCUUCAGGAGCUUUGCCUGCUGGCCAAGAGCAAAGGAAAAGUUUGAAAUGCCAACUUGAAAACAAAGGCAGUCAGCGUAGCCAUAUAAGUCAAAGACCAUAUGGCUGUUCCGAGUGUGGAAAACGAUUUAAUAAAAAACUCCAUCUUGAGAUCCACACGAGAAUUCAUACGGGAGAGAAGCCCUUUAGCUGUUCUGAAUGUGGGAAAGGAUUCUACGAAAUAGGAGGACUUAACAGCCACAUGAGAACUCACACGGGGGAGAAGCCUCACCGUUGCCCUGAGUGUGGCAAACAAUUUACAACAAGGAGUCUUCUUCAUAAACACACAAGUAUUCAUACUGUAGGAAGACCCUUCUGCUGUUCUGAAUGUGGGAGAGAAUUUUUAAGAAGAGAUAAUUUUGCUAACCACAUGAGAAUUCAUUCUGGAGAAAAACCCUAUUGCUGUUCGGAAUGUGGGAAAGGAUUUUUAAGAAGAGAUAAGCUUGCGGACCACAUGAGGAUGCAUACGGGAGAGAAGCCUUAUGGCUGUUUGGAAUGUGGCAGAAGAUACUCGACAAACACAAAUCUUAAGAAGCACAUGCAAACACAUGCUGGGGAGGCUGGAAAGGCCAUAACAACAGAGGGAAAGAUGCCGACCUCCUGCCCCAGCCCCAUGUAGACCAAGAACAAACCAGUGUAUGGCUUACAAGGAGUUGAGUUAAGACCAAGUAAGAGUACAUUAUAAUAAUGGCACACGACACUGGCCUGCACACGGGUUGGUUCAAGGCAACAGUAGAAAAUUAUAAUAAUUGUUGUUAGAAAAGAAUGAGAAAGCAGAUAUGUUCAGAUUCAGCAAAACAGAGACGGAUACAGACAGAACUUUAUUUUUUCCCCCGUGGGUAAAUUUAGCUUUUUAUACAAUCUCACUAAAUAGAUAGGUAAAUCUAUACACACACAUAAUUACGGUCUGAUCUCCCACCAGAACAAAUUAGUCACUCAUCUGGUUGUCAGUUGUGAGAUGCGGAUGACAGGAGGGUUCCAACCUAAGAAACACAACAAAGUUGCCAGACUACCGCACCGGAAAACUACGCAAACAGAUCCAAAGUUCCAUUAUCACAGAGGCACACUCCAACCUGAAGAACCGAAAAGGAGGAGGUUUGAGUCAUUUGGAAUACACUUCUACCAGCGAAACAGAGAAUAAUACUGGCCAGGAAACCUGACAAACAAUCAUCUGCUGCAGCACGGUUCAUUACAGUUUCAGUCCCGAGUGUUUACUCAAUAUGCAGAGUGACUGUUAUAUCCAGUAUAUGUUGGAGUUCUAUGUUAAGUAAUUUCUUAAUGGUUAUAGUAUAUUUUGUAUUGUGCAAUUCUAUGAAAUACAGAAAUUAAAAAUACAGUGUAACAUUAA